AAAGAUUCUGUUAAGUGUACUAAACGAGACUUUAAUUUAAAACUUCUAAACGCCGUUACUGUACUUUAACCAGCAUACCCCUGUAUAUAAAUAUGUGUAUGUUCUGUAGCAGACACACACAAGUUCACACACUAGCUACAGCAAGAACUCAGAUAGCCCACCAAAGAUCAAAGCUUUAAUUUGUAUUGUGUAUACGUGUGUGCGCGCCUGUGAGCAAAUAGCUAUCUAUUAUGAUGUUCAUUGGAUUCGGACCAAUUGUAAUCUUUUGAUGGAAGUUACUGAUAUCUGCAUGGAUAAGGAGCCGGAUCAUGUUGUUUAUGUGAAUGGUGAUUCCCACAAUUCAAACCAUGAAGCUGGAUGUUUUUAUGAUUUUCUGGAUUCGCACAAGAAUACUAUAGAAAGCCUGGAACCCAGUAUGCAGAAUAUCAAUGAUGAGAAAGAAAUUACCGAAGCUAGGGAUGCUGAUGUGAAGGGCUGCACUGCUAAAGUCUCUGUUCAAAUUACCAAAGCCUUGAAAGAUGAAGAAAAGGAGGAACAAAAGAUACCAAGCUCACAAGAUAAGUUCUCCUUAUCAGACGAGAAUAUCAAAUCGGAACCUGAGGCUCAAAAUGACAGGAAAGUGAUUGCCGAAGCUAAGGAUUCUGAAGUUAAGGAAUGCACUGUUGAAGUCUCUGUUGAAAAUUGUGAAACCUUUACCGCUGAACAAAAGGAGGAACAGGAUAUACCAUCCAUUAAAUGCGAGUUAAGUUUAUCAGAGAAGAAGAUCAAAUCUGAACCUGAAACCAUGAAGGAUGAGUGCCUGAAAGAGAUUUCUGAAAUUAAGGAGUGUGAAGUGAAAAACUGCAUGACUGUAGACUCUGUUAACAUUUCUAGAGCCAUUGAGGCUAAAGAUGAAAAGGAGCAAGUUAUCACAAUCUUGAAAUGUCAGUCUAGCUUAUUCGAGGAGAAAGUGGAACCGGAAACUGAAAUCAGAAAGGACGACUGUAAAAGCAAUGGAGGUUUGGUGAAACCUGCAAACAAAAUUAUUGCUGGAAAUGCCAAGACAAAACAUACUGUUCCACAGCCAUUUGCUUUAGCAACUGAAAGGCGUGCUUUAAGUGGAACGCGCCCCACUAAGCCUGAGACGGAAAUUUGUGCUCCUCCGAGUAAAUCACCUCAUCCAAAGAGUUUACAGACCCCGGUUUCUAAGAAGCAAUUUGAGCAGAUUGUCUCACCCUUGGUAGCAAGGAGACCAUUACAACCUACUAACAAGAAGCAUCCUGAUGAUGAUGAUUCCUGUUCUGUUGCUUCCUCAAUGGCUCCAUCAGCAAGGACUACUAAGCACAGGAUAACUUUUGCAUCUGCUCCUCUGUUCAGGUCCACUACACGUGCUGAGAGACGAAAGGAGUUCUAUACAAAAUUGGAGGAAAAGCACCAAGCAAUGGAGGCUGAGAAAUCUCAGUGGGAAGCAAGGACCAAGGAAGAGAAGGAAGAGGCUCUUAAGAAACUAAGAAAGAGUUUGGUGUUCAAGGCAAACCCAAUGCCAAGCUUUUAUGUUGAGGGACCACCACCAAAGGUUGAAUUGAAAAAGCCACCGCCAACUCGUGCAAAAUCGCCCAAAUUGGGCAGAAGGAAGAGCUGUAGUGAUGCAGCUGGUCAUGAUAAAGGUAUAGGAGUCUCUGGCCAAGGAAUGCGGUACAGUCUUGGCUGUCACAUAGAUGGUGCAACAACUGCUAAGAAGGAUAUGAAGGACAAUUUAACCGUCAAAAAUGUGAAUGUUACUUCUAAAUUUCAAGAUGAGCCCAAGCAGAUAUCAAGAGACAAGAAAGCAUCCAUUUCACCGAGGAUGAGAGCCCAAGGGAAUUUGAACAUUACUGUUCAAUCAUAAGUCUUGAGUUUCUUAAUAAUUUAUUCAGGAGAAGAAAUUUGUUGUGAUUCUCGGGGCUACAUAAAAAGAGUGCCUUUGGAUUUCUGAAGCUGCAAGUACUUGUUGCAGUAGUUUGCGUAGUAUUUAAGUGUAAAUUAUCUUUUAAGUUAUUCGCAUAAUCAGGAACUUAAAGUUCCUAUUUUAUUGACAUCUUGUAAGUUUAAUGUGUGGAGAGGCCAAAUUUUUUCUUUAACUUGUUUAAUGACAUGGACAUUGAAUAUAGAAGUGUGGAUGUAAACACACCCCUUUGCUUCCA